UACAACAGAUUCUCGGGACCAGUCUGUCGCUACUUGUGUAUUUCAUGGCGUAUUUGGUUACAAAAUUUGUGAUCGGCCUUCCGCUUGUUCUUGUAUUUCUGGUGAUCAAAUUCAAAAGGAGGCAUUUGUCGAUGUAUGAUGCGAUUGAAGGCUUUUUGCAAACACAAAACAAUUUCAUGCCAAUCAGAUAUAAAUACUCCCACGUAAAGAGAAUGACCAGAGGAUUCAAAGAGAAAUUAGGUGAGGGAGGUUACGGCAGUGUAUACAAGGGAAACCUUCGUAGUGGAAGAGAUGUAGCAGUGAAGAUGUUGAACAAGCCUAAAGCUGGUGGGCAAGAUUUCAUGAAUGAAGUAGCUACCAUUGGAAGGAUUCAUCAUGUCAAUGUGGUCGGGCUCGUGGGGUAUUGUGUUGAGGGAACAAUACGUGCUCUUGUAUACGACUUCAUGUCCAAUGGAUCACUCGACAAGUACAUCAACACCAGUCAAGAAGGAAGUCCUCUGUUAAGUUGGCAGAGUAAGUAUGACAUUGUUCUUGGAGUGGCUCGAGGAAUUGGGUAUUUGCAUCGAGGCUGUGAUGUACGGAUUUUACAUUUUGACAUCAAACCACACAACAUUCUUUUGGAUGAGAAUUUCAUUCCUAAGAUUUCUGACUUUGGGCUUGCAAAAUUAUAUCCAACAGAUAAUAGCAUUGUGACUCUCACAGCUGCUCGUGGAACUAUUGGAUAUGUAGCUCCAGAAUUGAUCAGCAAAAGCAUUGGAGCAAUCUCUUACAAAGUUGAUGUUUACAGCUUUGGAAUGCUGCUAAUGGAAAUGCUGGACUUGAAUAGACAUGAAGUUGCAAAUGAAGAGAAUUCCAGCCAAUAUUUUCCUUAUUAUAUUUACGAUAAGUUCAACAAGGGUAAGGAGAUCCUGGUGGAUGAAGAAGCAAAUGAUGAUGAAAAGAAGAUGGCUAGAAAGCUGAGUUUAGUUGCAUUAUGGUGCAUUCAGACGAAUCCAAUACAACGCCCUUCAAUGAGUAAAGUAUUAGAAAUGCUUGAAGGUGAAGUUGAAGUGCUAGAAGUACCUCCUCAGCCUCUUCAAUCUCAACCGAUUGUUUAUCAGAUGAUGGGAAGUUCUAUGAUAUUUUCGUCUGAUUCAAUGGCUUUGUUAGAAAAUUCUGCUGAUAAUUCUGUCAAAGUAGACAUUUGUUCUGAUUGAUUUGUAUUGUUCAUUUAAAAUGACAUAUAUGCGAGAAGGGCUUCACAUUUUACGAAGGGUCGGGUCUGAGUUGGUCCGUCUCG